AUGUCUACAUUUAAUGCUGAAACCGCUGAUAACUUAGAAGAUAUUGAGAAGCAAUUUGCUGUCGCUGCAGUUGAACAAGCUGAAACUUACUGGUCUUUGCUUUCUAAAGUUCCAGGUUCCAAAUUGCGUUUGACCCCCAUCGAUGAUAAAAUUUACAAUACUUUUAUUGAACAUUUCCCAGAAUACAAAGAUGUUGAAAAAAUCAAAUCAUUCAAGGAAGAAGAUUUAAAAUCUAAAGCUGCAAAGGAUAAAUGGAGAAAGUUUUGUGAAUUAUUUGAAGAAGAAGUUGAAGAUUAUAACUUCGGUACUCUUCUGAGAACUGACUCCAGUGAAGAAUAUGGCCAAUUUACUACUAUCUUUGCUGUUAGAAUUCAAUUUUAUGCCUUUGAAAUUGCCAGAAAUAAGUUUGGUUUAAAUGACUGGGCUGCUGCCAAAAAAUAG